ACAUCCUCUCCGACCCAUCUGUUCUUCUUGCCCACCCAUCAAUUCUCGUCACGAGCCACGAUGCCCAAGUGGGUAUUCCACCAUACUGCCGGCGCUUUCACGCCCGGGGAAAAGCAGCAAAUCGCCCAGGGCAUGACCAAACUAUACACAAGUGUCGGACUACCAGCCUUCUAUGCCCACGCCCACUUCUUCGAACUACCCCCCGGCAGUAUCUUCGCCGGCGGAGACCAUCCCCCUGCUCUCACCACCCUCUCGAUCUACCAUCUCGCUCGAACCUUCGAGACCCAAGAAGUCCAGGACAUGUUCUUCAGUACUCUAGAUGGAAUCCUUCGCCCAAUCCUCAAACCGAAAGGAAUCGACUGGGAACUUGGGAUUUACGAGGCCAAACGGGAGUACUGGAGGGUGAACGGCCUCCAUCCACCCCCAACCGGUUCCGAUCUGGAGAAGAAAUGGUUCGCAGCCAAUACAGUGACCGACGAGGAAGAGCUGCUCCGAUCCCAGCCUCGUCCAUGAACGGCUAUGGGCCUAAAUCUACGGCGCCCGGAAAGAGCGCUCUGUUGGCAGGAAGAGAAUCGCGUGGAUUAGAUCAGGCCCCAGUGCCCAUCUCACAUCAGGAACGCAUGUAUCUGUCUAGCCAUCAGUACCGAGCCUGCUC